GUAUGGCACGCUGCUGACAAAGUUUCCAAGCGGUGUGGCAGACCAGAACGACCUGGCGGCGAGCUGCGGUGCCUCGUCCAUGCGGUCUUCCAUGAAGUCCUCGAAAUCGAAAGGAUCCCAACUCACGGCUUCACGCGGCGGUUCCUCGAGGAUGGCUUUCGGAACAGGAGUGGGUGGUAUGGACUUCGCAAUGGUCCAGGAGGGUGACAACACCCUGGCGGUGUGCUUGAUGGACAAUGUAGUCAAGGCCUUCAACCUUGGCGAGGGCAUCGAAGUACCCAUGGACGACAAACGGAAAACAGUCCGGAGCGUCCCGGAAUGGGAGUACGAUGCAUCGGCCAUCGAACACGACUACGUCAAUGCCAGCGUGCUCUCCGCCAUCGAUCGUUAUGUCUUCGUUGGGACUUCUGCGCCCACGAUGCAGAUCUGGCGAAGGCCCUGGAUCACCCACCGGGGCCACAGCGACUUUGUCCCUCCGAAAGCGGCUCCCCUGGAGUUGCGCUCUCGCUGUUUGCCCCUUGCGGUCAACGCCCAUGAUAUGCCUACCGAGGUACUUGUAGCCGAUCCCACGCUGC